AUGAGCAAGGAAGUUGCUGGAGAGGUUGAGGGCGUGACCUUAUCGGAAUGCAUAGCGGAUGGUCGCGUCCCGGUGCCAGACACCUUCCCGAAGUGGCAAGCUUGGCGACGGAAGGAAGGCAGGCGCCCAGUCAGAAAAAGAGAUGGGCGCGGAAUGAGAACAGAUGAAGAGGUGGCUUUGUGGAAGGCCAUCACGGUAGAGUACUACGGUGAAGAGGAUAGCGAGGAGGACGAUGAUGAGGAAGAUGAGGAGUCUUCUGAGCUUGAAAUCGUUCGGGGUCCGGCCGUAGUAGCGCCUGAGCGUGCGGCUGCGAGUAAGGCGGCGCCGCUAAUGUUGCCACGGACUGGAGCUGGAGCUGGAGGAACGAGUCCUCGCCCGUCCUCAGCUGGGACUGGGGCAGCUGAUGUUGAUGAGCUGCUGAAGCAGCUGCAUCAGUUGUUCCGGCCGGAUCAGGAGGAUAUGGGAGUGCUUCUGGCUAGAGUCAGAGAUCAGUUCGCCUUUGCGGCGCUAGAUUCGAACUUGUCGGAUGAAGACAAGACCUUGAAGGAAGUAGGCGCUGGACUUGCCAAGCACUCGACUGGCGGAGGAGACUCGCCGUUGCGUGCUAAAGUCGCCGCUCUUGAGAUGGAAUUGGAGGCCUUGAAGAGAGGGUCUGAUGGUUCGGUGGCUGGUGGGGAUCUUGCAGCGGCCUUAGAGGCUCAGACGAAGAUGCUGCAGGAGACCCGGAUGGCAAAAGGAGGAGUCACCAGUGUGACGUCGGUGAAAACCGAUAUCAACUGGCCCACGCUGACCGAUGAUCGUUCAGAGGCCAGAGAUGUGGCUCAGUUUUACGAAGAGUUCGAAGACUGUUGCUUGUUGGCCAACAAUUGCAAGGGCAUGAGCUUCCGCGAGCAGUUGAUCGCCUUGCGUGCCCGUUGUCGGGGCAGUCGGCUCAAGACCUUCACGAACAUCUAUCGGAUUAAGGAGAAGCACCUGGUGCUCGCUGAGAGCAAAGAAGAGGAAGAGGUCCGUGUGGACAAUGAGCACGUCUUGCUGAGUAAAGGACGUUUGAGUGCUCAUCAGUUCGAACCUCUGUUUGAGGCCAGCAUUUCGGAAUUGGAAUCAGUUGGUUGCGGCAAGACUCAGAGGGAGCUGUAUCUCUCGUACCUGCGGAAGAUGCCUCCCCAUCUUCAGAAGGAGAUCCGGAGCGACAAGAGGCUCUGGAAGGGGGAAUCGACACUUCGCAGUCCGGCUACGUGGGAAGAAGCCCAUCGGGUAGUUUUGGAAAUUGAGCAAAGAGACUACCCACAAGGCGACGACGAACUCUUUGCUGGCUGCUGGAUCGGACAUGAAUGGUGCAGGUCCAAGUCAGUCGACGCCAGUUGGGAAGAGAAGAGCCGUGUGUUGAGCUUGACGAAGCCUGCGGGCGAUCAGCCGCGGUUUUCCUCCUUGGACGACGUUCCCAAGGACUGGUUCCAUUUGGUCGAAAAUGAGGCUGGUGGCUAUCAGUACAAAUCGGUAGCCAAAGUGCUCGACCGCAAGGUGGAGGUGAUGCUGGAUGGAUGCGCAGGGUCCAAUCACGUUACGGAGGAGUUGAUCACUGGGAUGCUCAACCGUGCGGCGGAUCUCGGCAUUGGUCCAGAAGACCGUCGGUUCCCGGUGCUUCGUUUUGAAAAGUGGACAUACCCAGAGUUUGUCCAUGGUAUUGCUGCCGCCUCCCCUGCGCCGUUGAAGGGAGGAGUCGUGCUUCGAGUGACGUUGAUGGAGGGAGAAGACCCAGAGAGUGCCACUGAUGGCCCGGAGGUCGUCGUUCGUUGUAAGGUAGCUGCACGAGGCACGUCUGAUUGGCAUGGACUAAUUUUGGGCGGCCGUGCUCUGGACCGUCCUUCGCGCCUCGGGCUUGGUUUUCGCCCAGGUCCGAACGGACAUGUCCUUGACACGCUGGGCAUCACUAUGCCGCGGUGCGAAGACUUGUCGCGAACCAGACGCGAUAGAGCUUACGCUUUCUCUUCAACAAUCUCCAGUUUGGAUGAUCCUUCUUGUAGUGAGCCUGGAGAUUCGAGGAGGCAGCUGUUAGUUUAUGAUGGGGAGGAGGCCGUCUCCGUAGAAGCCGGAGAGGGUGUGAUGUUGCCUGUGAAGAGGACGUCGCGGCCAUUUUUGGAUGGAUCCUUGUGUGAAGGAGUUCUCCCCAUCGAAGGCGACCUGGAAGCUGUGCCCCGCAUUUGGCCUAGUGGAGCGCUUUCAGGUAUGGUGCUCCUGACUGCCUCGGAUUUGGAUGUCGUGGUGGAGCCAGGAGAUCCAGUUGCAGAAGUCCGCGCUGGAUUGGUCGAGACAAGCCUCUGCGAAUGUGGCUUGAUGGACACUGCGCUCAGUGUGGGUGCUCUUCCUGAUGUGCAGUUCGUCUCCGUGGAAGACGUGCCCGCGGAGGUCAUGGCCAAGGACGUGACGUUCGCAUCCACCGAGACGUUCGAAUUGCUGAUCCUGUGCCCUAACACUGCGGUAAACAAGACCAAGAUUGCGCAGGGAAUCUAUCAGUGCCAUAUAGAUGGCGGUGAGGUGAGCAAGUUAGCCACCUUCAGCAAGGAUGAUGCUGGCAAGGUUGGCGAGGUGAUUCGGAUUACCCUGAGCAAACUUCGCAAACGCAGCGCUGAUGAGAAACAGUUCCAACGUACUUGCAGCAUGGCCACUCAGCACGAAAUCCAGAUGCUCAGAUCUUUGCUGGGAAGUGUUCAUUACAAUGAGAGCCAGGCCUAUCCUUUGCAUGAACCUGAUGAGUCGGGGUUGAGGAAGGAAGGAGAAUCCAUAUCCGCAGAAGAUCAGAAACUGUUGGACGAGGUAGCCGAGCGGGCCUUCGAGCCGCCGGCCGUCCUUUCGGAUGGGUCUGAGAUCCGGAGUCUCAGCGGAAGGUCAGCGCGACUGGGGGAUGGCUUCAGCAAAAAUCCUAAGGAUAGGGAUGCGCUGUUGGAGGCCAGGACGAAGGACCUGUCGGCGUUGUCAGGCCAGUUGAGAGGGUUUGACCUCGACGAGUAUUUGGGGGAAGGAGUGGAGAACGAUGAGGUAGUUGCAUGGGCGGUCGGAAACGACGCCGUGCCUGAGCAGAAGAUCGGGGUCGCUGCGGCCGGCCAGGCGCGCGUCCUGUUGGUCAUGGACUAUAGCAGGGACACCAGUAGGACUAUGGUUGACACCAGGGCAACGCUGGAAAGAGCGAUGCCCGGAAUUUCGCUCGAGCUGAGAGCAAGCUUUGGCCCAGUUGAAGACGAUGAGGGCAUAGCUUCGCAGUUCGACGGAGCAGUUGGAAGGCUCACCGGCGUGAAAAGGAUCAAGAGGAUCAGAGUAGACCUCUUGACGUCCUGCGCAAAACUGUUGCGAGAUGCUGCAGGAUUUUUGCCGGACUUCGUGAUUGGGUUCGUUCAAGGCGGAGUGGUAGCGGCGCUUAUCAGGUGGCCCUUGGUGGUCGAGUUGACUCUCCAGGCUAGAAACCUGCAGUUGAAAGAAGUGCAGAAAGUGGGUUCUGCUUGGAGCAAAAUCAAGUGCAUCUGGUGCGUGAACCCUCGCGUUUGGAAAUCCCAGAUCGGCGCGGAAGACGUCACGCAAGCGUGUCCCGAGCUCAAGAAGAAGUUCUCCGUGGAGCCGUUGAAGGGUUUUGGAGUCUCGACGAAGCAUGGCAGACCUGAUGAUACUACUGCUAUGUUCGAGGCCCUCGGUCUUGCUAAGGUUGAUGGCUUAGAUGAGUUGAACCUCAGGUCUUUACUCUCUGAGCCAGCUCGUGAAGUUUGGGAGCAUGAAGGAUUGUGCGUGUGCGGCCGGAGAACUUAUUUGUUUUCUAGGUGUCCGGCUUGCAUAGAGAAAGAGGCUCAUGAAGUCUUGGAGUCCAUAAUGGUAGAAGAGUGUGCGCGAGGGUCCUUUGAGCUAGAAUCCGAGCUGGGCUUGGACGUGGACGUUCUCGCCACUCGUGGGCAUGAAGGUUUCAAGUCUCUUUCAGUGAAAAUCCUUGAGAGCUGGAGACGAGCCGGCAAGGAGAUUCGGCACCAAUCACAGUGUGAGACCAAAUUUGGCGAGCUUUCAGUGCUUCUAUGGAAGUCAGUUAGUGAUAGCGUGAAUUUCGGGAAAGGUGGUUCUGCUGACGCGCUGUGGUCAGCUUGGAAUUUGCUCGCUCUGAAUAGGAUUGCUGGAGACGGGGUCUUAGAAAAGGAAGUCCAGUUGAAGACUGGACAAACCGUCUGGGCGCCGGUAGUUCCUGAUGGUGUGGUUGCAGAUGAUGGGGUGACCUGGCGGAAGUCAUGCUACUUCGCGGUCCAUGGAGGAGUCUUGGGGGCGCACCGCAGCGCAGAAGUGACUUUGAGACUCUUGGAAAGGAGUGUUUGGUGGCAAAAGAUGAGUUGCUUGAAAGGGGCGCGCCGUGUGGUCUUGGCUAGAGAGAGGCGCACCCGCCUUCGCGCAUUGAUUUUUGGGAGAUUUUUGCUGGACAAGCAGGGCUUACGCUCGAAUCUGGUCAUCCGAGUCCUCUCCGAGCAAGAGAAAGGAGGAAGGAAAGGAACGGCUCAAAGCCCAACGGGCAGCCUCCUGUGGAGCGAGGCAGAUUGGAUAAAGAGCUUCGGAGUUCCUCCGCUGGAGGGUAUCCCCUCGCACAACGCCGUGUACUCGGCGACGCCUGAUCACAGGGGAGUGGUUACUUCUGACGAUUUGAACCCCGCAGAAAGAGAAAGGCUAGACAAAGAGGUAGCAGCUCUGUCCAAACAGUCAGAUGGACGCCCUGUGGAAGGCUCGAGCUGA